AUGGCGUUAUCAAGAUCUAAGCAUAGUUUAGGUUUUCGAUUCCAUCCUAGCGAUAAAGAGUUGAUCAACCAUCUAAAAAGAUUCAUGCUCAAUGGAAUUUUUCCACGUCCCAAUGUUAUCAAACUAAAGGACGUAUUUGGAGGCUUAGAGCCAUGGCAAAUUAUCGAUGGAGAGAAAACAUGUUAUUUUCUUACGCGAUUAAAGAAAUUCAAGAAUUCGAACAAGAAAUUCUCAAGAACAGUUGGGAGUGGGACUUGGAGUGGCCAAACAAGUGGUAUUCCCAUUAGAGAUAAAUCAAAUAGAAAUAUUAUAAUUGGAUAUAAGAGAAGUUUGAGGUAUAAAAGUGGUGUUGAAAAAGAUCAAAGUGAAAAAUGGCUUUUGAAGGAAUAUUUUUUGCUAGAUGAGUAUAUUAAGAAAAGCAAGAACAAGGAUAUUUUCGUCAUUUGUAGAAUUAAAGAGAAGAAAAAAGAAGAAGAGGAAAAUAAUAAUGAUGAUGUUAAGGAUGAAGAUGUUGAUGGAUUAGUGGAUUAUCUAUUUGGAGGUAAUUACGAUCAAGUAAUUAGAAACAAUAAUGACAAUCAAUUAGAGGGUAAUUAUGAAGCAAGUACAAGCACAUUGAACAAUUAUGGAGAAUUAGGUAAAGUUGAGCAAUUUAAUGGAAUUAAUCCAUAUGAUAAUUCAAGUAUUGAUUUUCAUUCAAGCUUUUCUGGCAAAACUUCGUUGGUGGUGGAAGCUCGUCGUUUCCUUUGCUCGCCGUCCAGGCUUGCUGCUCCGGAAAAGGUAAGUUCUUUGAACUCCAUUACCUUCUCUUUUCAUUCCGAAUGGGCCAUGGAGGCCCAACUCUACCCUUUCUCGAGUCAACCCCAUUGCCAAGAUAAAGAAACUGAUGAACAGGUGGAAAUAGAGCUGAUACAGGUGUUCGAAAGUCCAAAAAUGGACUUUAUACAAUUACUAUACAUGAAAUACAGGGCUGAAACGGAAAUACAGGUGUUCGGAAGCUGA